CGUUCCCCGCAUCGGCAGGCGGACUCUCAACCAGUGCGCCACCAGGGAAGCCCUGAGGUUAUUUUUAAAUCAAUAUUUAUUAAGGCUACAAAGCUACAGCCUUGUUUUUCUCUCUAUGCUUUUAUGUUAGAAUUUAUAGAUUUCAUUUUUCUCUUUAUAAGUUUAGUAAAUUUUGAUCUUUCACCCAUAAGACAGCCUUUGAUCAACUCAAGAUGAUCAGACUACAUGCACCAUCUUUAAUGAUCAGUCCCAUAUACAACUUAAAUCUCCUUAUGUGUUUUGAACCCUAGUUUUAAGUUUAGUAGAUACACUUUUCGUUUUAAGCACCUUAAAUAUCGACCAAAUAAAUAAAACCUUCUCAGUAGAUCUAGUAACUUAAAAUUACACAUGUAGUGAAUCUCAAGUUCUCAAACUUUCCAGACCUUCUACCAGGAAGUGACGUUCAUCGGAUGAGGAACUUGGUUUUGCUCACUGCUGCACCCUCAGGACCUAGAAUAGACCCUGGCAGUCGGUAAACUUGCAUAAAUGAAGUAAUGUUUACAAUCUUAGUAAAUUUCUUGUGCCUUUUCACUAAAAAAGAAAUGUGUAAAAUCAGUAACUCAGUUAUACUUUUAAAUUGGAAUCAAGGCUAAAACCUAAGAUUAAUUUGCUAAAAUUUCUUGCGUACUGCACACAACUUAAAUGUCAAAUACAUAGAUUAUUCUGAAGCUAAACACAAAAAUAUUAAAAUCUAAAUCUCCCACAGGGCUUAGAGACACCACUAAGGCAGGAAGGAAGUCAUCUCAGGCGAGUCGGGCUUCUCAUCUGGGGGACCACGUGGGCUGGGACGAAGGGAGCUGGGGUGCUGCUGACCUGGGGCCCCCUCCACCGUCUGACCCGCAUGCUGCACCUCCUCUUCCUGUCUCUGCAGACUGAGCCGUCCUGGACCUUCCCGGACUCACCGUCUGCUCUGAGCAGGAAGGCCUUCUCCGCCUGGUGGGACUCAGCCAGUCUGUCUGCCUCUGGCUCUUCCCUGACUUGUCAGUUGUCCUUGACUAGAUGCUUAGAAAUAUUGAAACGCCUGCCUGUUAGAUUUGGCUCACCUUUCAUUUUUUUGUCUGCCUUUCAGGUUGCAACACUAACGCUGUCUUCUUAGCUGAGUUUGAGAAGAGUGUAACUUUUUUUUAUGGGUAACUAUACAUAUGGUCAAAUCGCCUUCCAAACCAAUUACACGGUUUGUGAGACCUAGGAUUCCUUCAGGGUGCUGGGUGUCACUUCAUCUUUGCUAGCAAAGUGGCGCACUGUUGUUUUAAAGUUAAUAAUUGCUAGCUGAGAAAGGAUGUAUAAUUUUAAAUUUUGUAUUUCUUUAAUUACUUUUAGUUUUAACAUUUCUGUACAUGAAAAUUGGAAAGUUGUGUUUUCUUCAUUUGUGUUAGUCUGGCUGGAACUCUUGAAAGGGUACCAAAGUGACAGUUUCCAUAAAUGUGUUCUUUUUUAACUGGAUGAAACUUGUAGAAAUAAAAUGGACAAAAACCGUGUCUCACCCUUAAACACCAUGGUAUUGUUAAGUCUGUUGGGUUGGCAGUUCUUUGACUUGGAUUUUAGAGCCUCACGUGACGUUAAGAAUUGAAGACAGUUGGAGGAAAGGGAACCCGUGUGCACUGUUGCUGGGGAUGUAAAGUGGUGCAGCCACUAUGGAGAACAGUAUGGAGGGUCCUCCAAAAACUAAAUAUAGAGCUACCAUAUGAUCCUGCAGUCCCACUCCUGGGCGUAUAUCCGGAGAAAAUGAAAACACUGAUUCAAAUGUUCAUAGCAGCACUGUUUCCAGUAGCAGAAAUAUGGAAGCAACUGAGGUGUCCAUCAGCACAUGAAUGGAUAAAGAAGUGGUAUAUAUUUACACAAUGGAGUACGACUCAGCCAUAAAAAAGAGUGAAACCCUGCCGUUUGCAACAACAUGGAGGGACUUGGGGGGUGUUAUGUUCUGUCUUGGGCCUGCCUUGGCCAGGGCCGGGAGGGCCUGUAGCUGAGUAGCUGAGGUUGCCAGAGGCCUGGACCAGGGCGCACGCUUCCUCCCGAGCCCAAGCAGCUCUGCGGGAUGACCCUGUGAAUUCUGCUGGGGACCAGGGCACGCGCUUCCUCCCGAGCCCAGGCAGCUCUGCGGGAUGUGUGACCCUGUGAAUUCUGCUGGGGGCUGUCUGCCUGCCCGCUUGCAGGUGCCAGGCCGUGUUUCUGCCCCAACAUGGAGGACCAUUUUGCUGCAGCCUGGAAUUGAGCACCUGCGGACUUUGCAGAUAGAUGGCUGCCGGCGGGCCUGGACCACCCUUUCAAGCGGACAGCGCCAUCUGCUGGCAGCUUCUUCCAGGCGCCUUCGGUGUCCUGCGGGAGUGGGACCUUGGCACUCUGUCCCCAUCUUUUUACUCAACAAAAUGUUAGUCGUAUGGAGUUGCCUUUUUUUUUUUUCUUAUUUUUCCACUUCCUUGCGUGGUGUUCCAUUGUAGAGAGAGUAUGUAUUUUCAAAGCUUUUGACGCAAAUUUCAAAUUUUUUCCUUUAGAACAGUUGUACCAAGUUAUGUCAGAUAUUGAAGUUUCAACCAGGUUGGUAGAGAGAAGGACUACUACACAUCUAUAUGUUUUUAGAAUGAAACGUUGACUUGUCCCCUCUAUUUAUUAUGGGCAUUUUGAAAGCCCCCAGAGCUGGAAGAGUGAUCCGCCACUGCCUAGAUCCUGCGGCUGUGGGCUCGGCCGCAGUUGUCAUCUCGUGGGGCGGGCCGGCCAGAGGCUGGAAAGUAACCGUGGAGAGUUGGCCCCCAGCCGAGACCCACGUGGCUGUGGCUCUGCCUUCUUGGUCUAGGCCCUUCCAGGGCCUCUGCUGUGCAUUUUGUUCAGGUCAGCUGUUGGGAAGCCACUGUCAGGUGGACGCCUGUAGGUGAGCAGCUCGGGCCCCUCCCGGCGCUGGGCUCAGGACCGGCGGGCUCUGGGUGUCCUCGGCCUGUCUCAGCACCACUCCAGUCUGCUUCGGAUUCACACAGGUUCACGUGGCCACCCCCUCGGCGCCUCUCCCCUCCCCCUCUCGGCAGGACACGCCUCUCGAGACCCCUAACGUGAUUACCCCUGUAAAGACCCUGUUUCUAAGUAAGGCCCCACUUGCAGGGCCUGGGGGUUAGGACCUGGGCUAUCUUGGAGGACACGUUUACACCUCUGCACGUGCUGGCCACGCCCUGACGAUUACCGGGCUUGUACUGGUGGCCCAGACUCGCUCGUUCAGAAUUCCCUCGUGGGUAUUGAGAAGCGUCUCAAACCUUCAACGUCCCAUCUCUCGCUUUCUCCUCCCAGGCCACAGACCCCGCUCCCCGCCGUUGGCUCCACCUCGGGACAUGCGGCUCUGCUCUGCCGGUGGCUCAGACACCGUUUGCUUUUGACUCAAGAUGAUUUGAUGUUUUAUAAAGAACUCACUCACCAUGAUGGCUACACAGACGUUGAGCAUAGACAGCUAUCAAGAUGGGCAACAAAUGCAAGUAGUAACAGAGUUAAAAACGGAGCAAGACCCCACCUGCUCUGAACCAGAUGUGGAAGGAGUGAGCCCUCCCCCUGUGGGGUCCCAGACCCCGAUGGAUGCAGACAAGCAGGCCAUUUAUAGGCAUCCGCUGUUUCCGCUAUUAGCUUUGUUGUUUGAAAAAUGUGAGCAGUCCACACAGGGCUCGGAAGGCACCACUUCUGCCAGCUUUGACGUGGACAUUGAGAGCUUCGUAAGGAGGCAAGAGAAGGAAGGAAAGCCCUUCUUUUGUGAGGAUCCAGAAACUGACAACUUAAUGGUAAAAGCAAUCCAGGUUCUGCGUAUUCAUCUUCUUGAGCUGGAAAAGGUUAAUGAACUCUGCAAAGAUUUCUGCAGUCGCUAUAUUGCUUGUCUAAAAACGAAAAUGAACAGUGAAACUCUCCUGAGUGGGGAACCUGGCAGCCCGUACUCCCCUGUCCAGUCCCAGAUUCAAAGCGCCAUCGCAGGCACUCUCGGCCCCCAAGGAAUCGUGGUGCCGGCAUCCGCUCUGCAGCAGGGGAACGUCACCAUGGCAACAGUGGCAGGGGGCACAGUCUAUCAGCCGGUCACAGUCGUCACUCCCCAAGGCCAGGUAGUGACACAGGCGCUGUCGCCCGGCACGAUCCGGAUCCAGAACUCCCAGCUUCAGUUACAGUUAAACCAGGAUCUCAGCAUCUUGCAUCAAGAUGACGGUUCAUCUAAGAACAAGAGGGGGGUCCUGCCGAAGCACGCCACCAAUGUGAUGAGGUCCUGGCUCUUCCAGCACAUCGGGCAUCCCUACCCGACAGAAGAUGAGAAAAAACAGAUUGCUGCUCAGACAAAUUUGACACUACUCCAGGUUAACAACUGGUUCAUCAAUGCAAGAAGACGAAUCCUGCAGCCGAUGUUGGAUUCCAGUUGCUCAGAAACUCCAAAAACAAAGAAGAAAACUGCUCAGAACAGACCCGUCCAGAGGUUUUGGCCCGAUUCCAUCGCCUCAGGAGCCGCACAGCCAGCCGCCAGCGAGCUGACCGUGUCCGAAGGAGCCGUCGUGACCAUCACCGCGCCCGUGGGCAUGAACGUGGACAGCCUGCAGUCCCUGUCGUCGGACGGGGCCACGCUGGCGGUACAGCAGGUGGUGAUGGCCGAGCAGAGCGAGGACGACUCGGUGGACAGCACGGGGGACGGCGGGGCGGCGCUGGCGCCCGGCCACCUGGGCGGGCUGGUGCUGGAGAACAGCGACUCCCUGCAGUAGGGCUGCCCGCCCCGCGUUUUAUAGUUGGCACAGCAAACAUUUUACACAGUUUUAUUUCUAAUAUGUUUUAUAUGUAGGCAUAGAAGAGUGCACUUUUGUAUUUCCUAGUAAGCUUCCAGGGCGUCUUUGCUGGUGCAGCGACUUCUUUCAAGGUGUGUGUGUGCGUGUGUGUGCGUGUGUGUGUGUUUUUAAGGAAAUUCUUGCAAGGUUUAACGCUAAAAGUAUGAUGAAUGACAGACCCCCUCCCCCGCCCCCUGGACCCCCGACUAGAUUAAGGAAUAGUGCUGCCAUUUUCUAGAAAAUCAUGCAGUUUUAAUUUAGCUCUGUGGUGAAAGCAGGUCUCAGUGGGCUGGUUUAUUUACGGAGCCCGUGGAUUAGGAAGAAGCUUCUGGCCCUGAAAACUGCCACUGCGAGGCGGAUGACAGCACACAGCAAUAAACCGCGUGCGAGCCGGUGGCGAAUGUAUGGCGAGUCAAAUGUGGUUCCGUUUGCUCGUGUUCCGUGAGCCUGUGUCAUUUGCUGUAUGUGAAAAGAAACUCCUAUUUUUACCUUGCUGGAAUUAUUGGAUAAAAAGCUAUUUUUAUAAAUUCGUUAUGAAUUGGAUUAUGACUAUAUCGAGGAUAAAAUUUCUAGAGGAGAAACAGUACAUGCUUACUGUCUCAAUUUGGAAUGUUCUGAAUUGACCAAAUUUGAUGAACCUGCCCAAAGUUAGCUAGCCUUCCAUGGCUCUCUGCUAUCCCAGGGUAGUGAUCUACAUUUACUCCUAUAAAAGAAACACCCAUGUAAUGAAGUUUUGAUAUCUUCAAAUUUUAGUCUGUCCGUAAAUGCUCGGAUUGCAUCCUACACUUACCUUAAACAUGCACCUAAAGGUACUUGCUAAGUAGAGCUUAGGUAAGUUAAGAAAUGGUAGCCAGUGGUCAGUUAAAAGCUCUUACUGACAUAUUUCAGUCUAAUUUAAAUUUGACCACAGUUAAAUGGUUAGUGUACCAUGUUAGCUGGGUGUUGUUUUAGAAUUUUUUAGUCAGCCAUAUGUUACGUGUAGAAUGUUUAUGAUAAACUAAUAUGAAGUGUCCUCUAUCCCGCUGGCUCAGAGCCGGGGUAAAGAGCAAGCCCUCGGCUUUGUUACACGAUUAACAAACAUCCCCUGCGGGACGGGAACGAGCGGGGCCUGGAGGAUGGGGUGACGGUGGCCCUCCUGCCGCCGCGUCUCACGCUGGUCCUGGGGUCGGUGUUCUCUCCUGUACGUGGUCUUUCCCUCUGACUUGAUCACAUCAGAUCUGGAGUAGUGUUGGGACUUCGGUUCCUGGUGACCAGACGAACCGCAAGAGCAGACUGGGUUUGUUUCCUUGGGUUUUGAUUUGUUUCUGUUGGUUUGCUUUCGAGUGGGGCUUUUCCUCAGAGAGGAAACAGAGGCCCUGGUUUCACGGAGGGAAUCUUUGUGUUACCGUCAAGCUCAGCGCACUUCUCAAGGACAGUCUUACGGUCGGGGAAGGUCGUCAGUUCCUGAGAAGCAGUGACAGUAACUGGUGUGGACCAAGGCUACAUGGGGGUAUUCUGAGCUGGUGCAGGUUGUUUUCUGGAACUGACUUUCCCCCCCGAAAUUAUUAAUAAUUAAAGUUACUCAUAGGAGAGCACUUCCUAGGUAACUCAGAAGGAAGCAAGAAACACACAGGAAUUUCUUUUAAAAUAUUUCAGGAGAUUUAAAAGAAAAACUUGCUUCUCGACUCUUUUGGGGAGAAAAUAACAUUUUAAAGCAUCUAUUGCGUCCCUCAUUUGUAAACAAUUUCAAAUGUUUUAAGUCAAGUCUACACCAGUUUAAAAGAUCAUUUGAAGUCCAACAAAGUUAGAAUUUAAGACGAGGCCCUGUGGAAGCCGGCCAGCCCCUCCCUCCCACCUCCCUCCCUU